UAUUUUAUUAUAUUAUUUUAUUAUUGUUAAUAAUUAUUUUGAGGGGUUGGAUGGGGAGGGAGAGGGAGAUAAGUUAAAAUUUAAAAAUGUAGAAAAUUUGUAAAUUAUAAAAAAUGUAAAUAAUUAUAAAUUUUAAAUAAUUGUAAAAAUGUGAAUAAUUGUAAAAAUGUCAAUAGUCGACGAAAUUAAUAAUUUGUUAUAUUCCUCCAAUACACAUCUACAACAUCUCGCGAAUGAGAACUUGAUGAAAUGGCAGCGAAGUCAGGAAGCCUGGAACGAAUCCCACUCCAUUCUCACCUCAAACCUUCCAAACGACGUAAAGUUUAUAGCUGGUCAGACGUUGCGGCUGAAGAUACUGUACGAUUUCUAUCAGUUACCUCGUGAAUCUCUCAGUAAUAUCUGCCAAUCUCUUCUCUCACUACUACUUCAGCCUCUGCCGAAAAACGUGUUGAAUAGUGUGGUGUUGAGUGUGUGUGACAUGAGUAUUCAGAUGAUAGAGGAGUGGGAAACUCCGAUAGUAACAUUCGUGUCAUAUUAUAAAAGUAAUAAAUUAACACUUGAAAAUGUGUUACUCCUACUGCAACUGUUCCCCGAAGAGUCAAACAAUAAUCGCUUACUACUCACAAAUGACAUACAAUCAAGACUUAACAACGCAAUUAAAACACAAUAUCACACCGUACUACUCUUCCUCAAUGAAGUUUAUCAACUGGUGGAAAAGGGUAAGUUAAUUGUGGUUUGGUAUAAUUGGUACACGAAUUGUGAAAUUGACACAAUAACAGAAUUUGAACUAUUAUUACUGCAGCAUUGUAUUGAAAUUAUCCAAAAUCCCAGCCUUAAUACUCCAGAGCUAUACGAACUUGCCAUAGACUCUCUAAUACACUUUCUACACACCAACACACACACACACACUAACACACAGAAGAACAAAUUUGACACGAUAAAAAAAACGUUAAAAAAUGUGUUAUACAACUUGGAACCCCAGCUGGUCACAGGAUUUGAAAAUGCGGACACAUUUCUGUUUGAUAAUAUUUCUCUUUUGCUGGUAAAUGUGGUGGAGCCUGGGGAUGAGUUGGUGGAUUGGUUGGUGAAGUUUAUUGAGGUUCCUUAUUUGCUGCUGUAUAAAGAGUUUCCCGGUUUUAACCCUUUUAAGUCAGAUUACAGUAGGGAACACUGCAGACAAAUUGUACUCGAAAAUAAAUCCAGUACCACACACUUUGAUGAUCAACUCUACCACAUCUCCAAACGUGCCACACACUCCCUCAUCGAUUUAUCCAACUAUGAACUCAAUAUUGUGGAUAAAAUGGUCAGUAGUAUUUUAUUGUUAACAGUGCCACCGUAUAAUAGUACGGGGGACAUCAAUUUGUUGGUGGAGUUUUAUGAGGAGUAUGUGGACUUGGUGUUGGAAUUGUAUGACGUGAUUUACCGCGUAAUUGGCUUUACAAAGGCGUAUCAGCUUGUAAAUAACUUACUUUCAACACCAAACUACGGUAAAAAUCUAUUAUUAAUAAUGUCGUCACUUUACUUAUUACCCAGUGUCAGUAUGGACCGUACCGUAUGCAACGAUGUUGUUAACUUGCUGCUUAAGAUUCUGGAAAACAACUCAGACUCUGAACUCUUCCAACUCUUCAGAAUUAAUUCCAUCUCCUUCUUCGCCAAAAUCAGAAGAUCAAUCACCAGGGACUCCCUAUUACCCAUCAUACAAAUGAUUAACCACAUGUUAACUCAGUGUGUCGGUAGGUUUGGUGAAAGAUUGGUGUUGGAAAGUGUCGGUAGUAUUUAUAAACUGUGUCAAACUCAGACGUUAAAUUUGGAACUGUUCAAUUUACUGCAGAGUACUAUGAGCAUCAGCAGCAUUAGCAGCAAUCUGAACAACACCGUAAUGAUCCUAGAAGCCAUCUCCAGCACCACCAAAAACGCUACCAGCGACAUGAUCGUCCACGUGUAUAAUACACUUUUUAAGGGUUCUCUCAAUACCUCAUUGGACCCCUCUGAUACAACCCAAUUACUCAGUGGUUUGGUGGGAUUUCUGCGUAAUUUGGGUGACAGGGCUGAUUUGCGUGUGAUAACUGAUCAUACGCCUGUGUUGCUCAGAUUACUGCAUAAGUAUCAUUUGGACGAGGAAAUGGUUGAGUUAAUUUGCCGUUGUCUCAAGCACACGGCCAGGGUUUCCUCACACAGUUUUCUCCUACACGUUGGUGAUUUAGUCAACCUUAUCAACGCCAUAGCUAAUGUUAAACUUUUUAGCACAUAUUUAUACGUGGUUCAGUGGCUAUUUCUGCUAAUUGGCACCAGUGACACCGUCGGCUGCGGUGACACCCUGGGCACUGUGGUACAGUUUUACGGCGUUUUGACAGUGCUGACACUGAAAAGGUUUAGUGAAGGAGUUGUGGACCAGCUCCUAGUGGAGGAUUUUUACGGUCUCCAGGCCGAGUUUUUCCUCGAAACUGAUCAGUUUCUAACUGAUCUCAAUACCGUCCAGCAGAUCAUCAAAUUUAGCACUCAAUUCUUAUUUCUCAGGUGUAAAAAUGUGUUUCAGUUUUGGUUCUCACUGCUGAGAGUUUCGAGGAAUAAUUUGAGACUCAGACCACUAGUGCUGCAACACGUGCAACAAGCCGUCAACAACUGUUUUGCACUCCUGACCAAUAAUCCAUCACACACAAUACUACACCACAUCCAACAACUAUUCAAAUACAUCACACAGUUUUACUCACACAACAUUAAUAGUAUGAAUAUUGGGGAUAGUAUGAAUAUUGGGGAUAUUGUGGACAAUGAGGAUAAUAUGAGGAGUGCUGGACCAAGCACCGUAACGGAACUGAUGAACACAGGAUUGAAUGAGUUACCGGGUGAGAUAAUAUCGAAUGAGAAGAUGAGGAGGUAUUUACUGGAAGGACUUGUAAAUGACACAAAAGAUACAACCAACCACCUACACAAACUACUCUCCAAACUCGCCAUGAGAUACAGACAAUAAUCAAACACCUUAUUUUAUACCACUCUA